AUGGCUCAAUUGAUCGAGCGAACAAAAGGGCAAACCACACCAUCCAAGCCAUUGGUUCCUGAUCGGAAUUUGCAAGUCGACAUGCGCCUGACCAUAACCCGAGCAUCUACGAAAGUUAUGAAGAGAUAUACAGUGAUACAAACAUUGAAAGUGUUUAUACGGGAACGCCCCAUGCCUUCCACAAACAAAAUGCUCUUGAUGCCAUCCAGGCAGGAAACACGUGUUGCAUUCACUUUGAAUGAACGAGAGACUAAAGAAGUAUUUGCGGAAGCAAAAAGGCACAAUAUAGUCAUGAUGGAAGCAAUGUGGACUCAAUUCUUCCCCUUAAGGCAGAAGUUGCGUCAACUUGUCUAUGUGAAUAAAACAAUUGGUGGCGGGCAUCGAGUUUGGUAUGACUUUGGUUUGCCUAAAGACAUUGUCUCCUUGCCGAUGACUUUACGUUACAAGAACCCAGCGCUUGGGGUUGGCAGCUUACUCGAAAUCUGA